GAACUGGACAGCAUAUGUCCAGUGGGAUAGCUGGAGACUUGUCUUUAGUAUUUGGUAAUGCUGACUUAUGUGCUGCUUAAUCUUUUGAGUCUUCAUGGAUGUAUUAGAUUUCUAUUGUUGUGUAACAAAUUACCACAGAAUCGUCAGUUUAAACAACAUACAUUUAUCAUGUGUUUGAAACAUUAUUAUGUAUCUGUGGGUCAGAAGGAUGGGCACAGCUUAACUAGGUCAUCCCCUUAGCGUCUCACUAGACUGCAAUUAAGUUGUCAGCUGAGAUGAGUUCCUAUCUGGAGGCUUAACUGUGGAAUUAUCUGCUUCAAGUCACUUAGACUGUUGGCCACAUUGAUUUCCUUGCCACUGCAGUAGGACUGGGGACCCCAGAUUAUUGCUGGUUGUUGGCUGGAGGCUGUGCUCAGCAUCUAAAGGCUGUUGCAGUUCCUUGCUCCGUGGGCUUCCCAGCAUGCCUGCCUACUUCAGCAAGCCUUCAAGGAGAGUCUUGAGCGGAGCUAUAUACCUUUCUGGAAUUGACAUGAUACAUGGCACACCCGUACUAGACAUCAAGCCCUACAUAGCUGAGUAUGACUCGCCGCAAAAUGUGAUGGAGCCUUUAGCAGACUUUAAUUUACAGAAUAACCAACAUACACCAAACACUGCAUCCCAGUCUGACAGCAAGACUGACAGCUGUGACCAGCGACAGCUGUCAGUGUGUGAUGAGCCACAACCUCACCAUAGCACUCAGGAGAAACCUAACUGUCCUGAAGACAGAACUUCAGAAGAAAACUACCUGACACACAGUGACACAGCCAGAAUUCAGCAAGCAUUCCCUAUGCACAGGGAGAUAGCAGUGGAUUUUGGUUUGGAAUCAAGACACGAUCAGAGUUCCAGCAUAUCAGAAGAACAAAUUGGCCCAUAUGGCCCGGAGAAGAGCUUUUCAGGGAAAGGUACAGACAAGAAGCUAGAGAGAGUGGAAGGAACAGCAGUCCUGCAAGGAAGCAGGACAGAGACACAGCCCAUGGCCCCUCAUUCACCUGCUGGAAGGGCUGAUGGAGCUCCCCGCAGCGUGGUUCCUGCCUGGGUGACAGAGGCCCCUGUGGCCACUUUAGAAGUGCGGUUUACUCCUCAUGCUGAGAUGGACCUUAGGCAGCUCAGUUCACAGGGUGAAUCAGAUGUUGGUCAGGCGUCAUUUAAAUAUUUUCAGUCAGCAGAGGAAGCAAAGCAUGCCAUUGAGGCUGUGCUGUCAGCGGAUCCUCGGUCUGUGUACCGCCGGAAGCUUUGCCAGGACCGCCUUUUCUACUUUACCAUAGACAUAGCGCAUGUCACUUGCUGGUUUGGUGAUGGCUUUGCAGAGGUUCUCAGGAUCAAGUCGGCUUCUGAGCCUGUUUAUAUGAUGGACCCUGUGGGGUCCUUGGUGUCUCUAGGGUCUUAAGGAGCCUCCCUCAUGUCUUUAAGAUAGCAUCAUUGAUUUUUGGAUGUGGCUUUUGGAUUUUCUGAACAAGCUAAUGUUGUGCCGAGAAGCAACACUUUGUGAUCUCACGGCUUUUAUUGAUUUGGGCUGUUCAAAAUGUUUAUUCGAAAAAUGCAUACAUUAAUAAACUUAACUAAGAGAUAUCAAAUACAGAGAAAUCA